UAUUUUUAUAUUAUUUUCUUUUUAGUAACCAGAGUUUGAAAUCGAUACAAGCCAGAGCAGCAGACGUUGUGAAACUUCCCAGUGUCAAUAAUGGAUUAAUCGGACCCAAUGGAGAUAUGCAAAUUACAGGUCAUCGAGUCUUCCGCACUACCAGGACUUCAUUGGACAUUGACAAGGGAAGAAUCGAGGCUUAGUCCAAUCAGCCCGUUUCAUCCAAAACAAGGAAGAUCAAUGUAUGUCUUUAAGGCAGGACGUUGGAAUAAGAAUGCGCCCUGAAAUCUACAAAACUACCCAGGACUAAAGAUGAAAAUCGAACUUAUUAAAGAUCUAAAGUCAACUAAAGCAUCACUCGCAGGAAUUGAUAUGCAAGACUUUGAAACGAGAUCCCGUAAUGUGCAAAAUAACCCAGGAUUAGUGACGGACAUCGAAUCUAUUAGAGAUCUGGAAUCAACUAAGCUUCAAGACCAGGAAUCGACAUGCAGAACCGUGGGACAAAACCAUGUCCCGCAAUCUGUCCAAAAGACUAGAAAUGGGCAUCGAACCUAUAGGAGAUGCUGAGUCAAGUAAGCAUCACGAGGAGGAAUUGACAUUUAUCCAGGCAAAAAAUUGGGACAAGACUGAGUCUUGUAAUCUGCAAAACUGCCCAGGAUUAAAGAUGGGCAUCGAACCUGUUGGAGAUGAAGAGUCAACCAUGGAUCAGGAAUUAGCAAUUAUCAAGGCAGAGCAUUGGGACAAGGCUGAGUCCUGCAAUCUGCAAAACUGCCCAGAAUUAAAGAUGAGCAUCGAGCAUAUUGGCUAUGUGUAUUCAACUAAGGCUGAUUAUAUAAUCAGGAAUUGGCAUUUAUCAAUGCAUAACUGAGUCCUGCAAUCUACAAAACUUCCCAGGAUUAAAGAUGGUCAUGGAACCUGUUGGAGAUGAGGAGUAAACUAAGGAUUAGGAAUUGGCAUUUAUCAAGACAACAUUUUGAGACCAGCCAGAUAUCCCCAAUGUAGAAAACAACCCAGGACCGGGUAUGGACAUGUAAUCCUUUUGGAGUCGGCUAAGGCAUCAUUAUCAUCGCAGGAGUGCAUCAGGACCACUACAACAUCGUUGGACAUCGAGGGAACGAAUCAGCGGACUCCGGGAUCCGAAGACUUCCAGUCCGAACACUUCAGGGUUGGAAGACGUCGAAUUCCAGAACAUCCAGGUACGAAAACUUCGAACUUCGUAGAUUUCGAAGUUCGAAGAUCGCAGGGUGCGGAGGCCUCGGAAUUGGUCAGUCUGCGGAAUUCAAAGACUUCGGGAUAAGAAGUCUUUGCACUUCAGGUUCAACUCUGAUAGUGCGAAACUGCUUAUCUCGAAUCUUUAAACUUCACAGUCUCACCAAUUUCGAAAAUUUCGUACCUUGAGAUCUUUAAACUUCUAAAUCUUUGAAAUUCGACGUUUUCGCACCAGGAAUCCUGAAAUUCGAAAACUUCUAAACCCGAAGCGUUGAGGACAAGGCCUGUAUGGCAGGCCGGUCACAGGGGAGGGCACCCGGGGAUCGCCCCGGGUGCAGGACGCGGGGAGGGGCGUUACGGCUCCUAAAGGGGUCUGGGGACGGGAGGUGGCACCCGGUGAUAACCCCGGGUGCAGGACGUGGGGUGGCACCCGGGGAUCGCCUCGGGUGCAGGACGCGAGGUGGCACCCGGGGAUCGCCUCGGGUGCAGGACGCGGGGUGGCACCCGGGGAUCGCCUCGGGUGCAGGACGCGGCCCCCAGAGGGGGGCCGCACGUGGGAGGGGAGGGAUAAACAGAGGGGGGGUGU